GCCGGGGAGAGCAGACAUGCUUUGGAUCAGGUUCUUUGGGCUCUUGGCAGUCACCAUCGAAUGAUCUGUGGUCAGCAGAUCCCUGGUCACAGCAGCUGUCCCCAUUCUGUCCCACAGGCUGUUAUUUCCUCCUGUAGCCUGGACACCUGGUGAGCUGUAAGGAAAGCUGUCAGGAUCCCCUCAGCGACACCAAGACCCACAGCUGUCAUGGGCUCCCCAGAGAGGAAAGGCUUCAUCAUGUCUGUGAUUGAGUACCUCUGGGACACAAGGAACACAGAGACCCUACAGCUCCUGCCGACUAAAGAGGAAUUCGGAAUACAACUUGUGGAAAGAGCUGGUUUGUCCAGUUUCUCUCCAUUUAAUUUGAUGUUGGCUGUUGGCUUGUUGUUUAUGGCUUAUAUGAUAUAUAGGAAACAGAGCACUUCCUUGCGUGAAGCUCCUGGAGAGAUGGUUGCAGAUCCUGAUGUAGAAAAUGCAGAUGAAUACGAGUCCCCAAAUGACCUUCAGGACAAGACAGGGAGAGCUGAGGUCCAACACUUUGUGGCUGAUAGAGAAAAGGAAACUUCCUUGCGUGAACCCCCUGGUGAGAUGGUUGCAGAUCCUGAUAUAGAAAAAGAUGCAGAUGAUGGCAAACUCCAAAAUGACCUGCAGGACCAGACAGAGGAAACUUCCUUGUGUGAAGCCCCUGGUGAGAUGGUUGCAGAUCCUGAUAUAGAAAAAGAUGCAGAUGAUGGCAAACUCCAAAAUGACCUGCAGGACCAGACAGAGAGGAAAGAGGAGGAUGCCUUGCAUGAAGCUCAUAAGGAAACCACAGUGGACAGUAAUGGAGAGGAUAAAGAUGAUAUCCAAAACGCCCUGCAGAAGAAGAAAAGGUUUUUGGAAGUUUAUCCUCAGGUGAAACUGGAGCUCGAGGAGCGCAUUACGAAGCUCCACGCCCUUGCAGACAAGAUUGACAAGGUGCACAGGGACUGCACCAUCACACAAGUGGUGGCCAGCUCCACCAGUGCUGUGUCUGGGGUCCUGACAAUCCUUGGUCUCACUCUGGCACCUGUGACAGCAGGAGUCAGUCUGGGACUUUCAGCCACAGGCUUGGGGCUUGGGGCAGCAGCGGCUGUGACGAGUGUUUCCACAACCAUUGUGGAAAAGGUAAGCACGAAGUCAAAGGAAGAUAAAGCCAGACAGGUUCUGACCACCAGUAAGAACACAGUGAAGGGCAUCAAAGAAGUUGUGGAGAAGAACACCCUUAGAAUUUCUUCCCCAUUUGUGAAUUCCACCCAGAACUUGGAAGUUAUCAAGAAUAGCAUCAAUGCCGGCCAGCUGGCCAAAUCCAAACAUAGCCUAGCAACUAAUACCAAACAUCUUAUGACCACAGGUAGGGUGUCAUCCCAAAGCAUCACACAGGUGGAGAAAGCCUUUGGAAGCACUGCUCUGGCAAUUACCAAAGGAGCCCGGAUCGUAGGUGCAGCCACUGCAGGUCUCUUCCUUGUGCUAGAUGUUGUCAAUCUUGUGAAUGACUCAAAGCAUUUGCAGGAGGGGGCAAAGGCAGAGUCUGCUGCAAAGCUGCGGCAGCAGGCUCAGGACCUGGAGCAGAAGUUGCAGGAGCUCAUCCGGGUGCAUGACAGCCUGACUCAGUGACCUCUUUCUUCUUCAGUGAAGCUCAGAACUGGAGGUAGGCGCUGCCCUGAACAAGGCCACAGACACAAGAGAGGCCCUGACUAUAUCCCUUCACAGCAAUGCCCCUAUGGCAGCAGUGCCUGCUAGAGGGAGAGGCACAGUCUGGGCAAGUGACGAGGUUUAAUACCUAUUGAAAUUUAAAAUCUGCUGUAAUUGGAUGAGAUCUGUAGAGAUGCACAUGGAAGGCUAACCUUAUUCUAUAACAUUUGAAGAAUAAAUUUAUAAACACUGA